AUGCCUCUUCCUGCUUGGUCAGCAAUUUUGCUGCUAUCUGUGAAGAUCUUAAUAGCAUUUUGGGGAAUGGGGCUUAUUACCUCCAAAGCUACCUGUCUUAGGGGUGAUUCAUGUGAAAUUCGAGUACAUGUUGAUGGAGUGGCUUCUGAGCAUUGUGCUAUUUCCAUGGAUCAAGAAGGCAGAACAUAUUUGGAGCCUUUGGAUAACUGUGGAUUGACAUUCCUAAAUAACUCUGUAAUUGCUGAGAAAAUUCUUUUGGAACACAAUGAUGUAUUUAAAGUAGUUACCAGAAGCUUUCGAUUUGCUUAUCCAGAAACAUCUGAUUAUUUUAAAACAAUGACUGAAAUGGAUAUGAAGAAAGGAAAUAAGGAGAGCUCUAGAUAUGAAACAAAAUCCAUGGUGAAAUAUCUAAUGAAAAAUGAUAAUUCUUCACCAUCAGCAGCCCUAGUUGACAUGAAGAUAAGUGAAAGAAAAUGUGUGAAACAGCUUUUAUUCAGAAGGCAGUCUCUGCCAAAUACUGCUAAACUAUACAAAAAAUGCCAGCACAGCCUACGUUCAAGCCAAAAAUCUCAAGCUUCUUUUUCCAAACGUAGUUCUUAUGCAGGUUUCCAGAAGAAUUCUGUUAAAAGAGAGAAAUCGGGAGAAAGUACAACUAAGAAAAGAGUGACUUUUGGACCACGUUUGAGUCCUGAAGAAUUUGACAAGAAUUUACCCCCUGCUUCACCCUUACGUAGAGGUAGUCUUCCUUCUGCUUCUCCUUUUGAUCCAAACGUGCUGAAAUAUCAAUCUGAUUUUGAGUCGAAGAAGGUUCAUGGAAUUAAAAGGCCCUGUGAGAACUAUUCUGUUUCAUCACCCAGAAGAAGGUUGGAAUUCCCAUCACCUGUUGCACCAAAGCCUAUCCUGAAGGAAUCAGAAUCUAAGAAGAAUUGUGAUCUUUCUCCCCAUCUUCUUCGUGAAAACAAACAACAUCAGAAGGUACCCCUUUUCUCUGAAGUCUUGAAGAAACCUCCUAAGAAUGACAACUAUGCAGUAAAACAAAUUGAUAAAAAAAUUCCAUUUGAAAAACGGGGCCCUAAAGUUAAAAAAAUGGUUUUAAGAUCACAGGUACUCUGCAAUAAAAGUCCCAGGCAGGCAUUUCACCAGCGUAUUUUGGGAGUAACAAGUACAGGCCAUGCUAAUUCACCUGACACAAUAUUUAUUUGUAAGAAAAAAACUGGCACUGCAAAUAAGGAACUCUCGGCAAAAAAGAUUCAAGGAGAAAAUCCUACUCAAAAUGUUCCAAGCAUGUUCACACACAAUCGAAAUAAAAAAUGCAAAGGUAAAGGUAAAACACUUACCGAAAAUAAAGUAGUUCCAUUUCCAGAAGCCUGUCAACUUCAUCGGUCUUCAGGAAUGAAUCAUGUUGGACCAGAAGACCUUCAGACUGAAAACAAGAAUAUUUCAGUACUUAAAAGGAAAUCUCCGAUGAAAGAAAUAACUGAUAACUGUGUAUUAGAGAAUAAAAAGAGCGUUGAAGAAAUGAACACAAAUUUUGCAGCUUGUAGUAAUGUUGGCCAGGUUACCGAACCAAAAAGGAAUUCCAGAAAGGAUUUUAACUGUGAAGAAGUACCAUUUACUCCUGUAAUAAUGGAUACUAAUAAUCUUUCUACUCCCAAAUGUUUGCCAAAAAGGAAAAAUUCAUUUCCGAGAAAAUCGCCGAAUGAAAAAAUACACACAGGGAAGGAUUUACUUGCAGAAAACUGUAAAACAGUUAUUGCAACUGAUAGCAAAUGCAACAAAUUAAGUGAUGAUAAAAUUUUGAAAGUUGUAGACGAAGCUGUACAGUCUUCUGUUUGUCAUGAAGAGACAAACAAAGAAAAGAAUUUAUUUUCAGAAAACUGUGGAACAGUUAUUGUAACUGAUAGUGAAUGCAACAACCUAAAUGACGAUAAAGCUUUAAAAGUUGUUUAUAAAGCUGUACAGUCUUCUUCAGUUGGUGAUGAAAAGACAGACACAGAAAAGAAUUUACUUUCAGAAAACUGUGAAACAGUUGUAAGUGGUAGCGAAUGUAACAAACUGAGUGAUGACAAAGCUUUGAAAGUUGUUGAUAAAGCUGUACAGUCUUGUUCAGUUUGUGAUGAAAAGACAGACACAGAAAAACAUUUACUUUCAGAAAAUUGUGAAAAAGUUGUAAGUGGUAGCGAAUGUAACAAACUAAGUGAUGACAAAGCUUUGAAAGUUGUUGAUAAAGCUGUACAGUCUUGUUCAGUUUGUGAUGAAAAGACAGACACAGAAAAGAAUUCACUUUCAGAAAACUGUGAAACAGUUAUAAGUGAUAGCGAAUGUAACAAACAAAGUGAUGAUAAAGCUUUGAAAAUUGUUGAUAAAGCUGUACAGUCUUGUUCAGUUUGUAAUGAAAAGGCAAACAAAGAAAAGGAUUUACUUGCAGAAAACUGUGAAACAGUUGUAACUGAUAGUGAAUGUAACAAACAAAGUGAUGAUAAAGCUUUGGAAGUUAUUGAUAAAGCGGUUCAGUCUUGUUCAGUUUGUCCCAAGUUUGGAUCUAACCUCUUGUUGAAUGACUCUUGUACGUCAACUGAGAAUUUGUUAAGGAAAUUAAUUUUUAAAGUUAGCAUGUUGAAUGCGUUUGAAUUAUAUAAACAAAUUAUUCAUAACAGAGAUUUUUUUCUGAAAGCUAUUCCUAAUCUCUGUACUCCUGAGAAUGCAGAAGAAUUUGAUAAAAGACAUCCUGUUAAUACUUGGAAGGAAUUCUUAGAACAGGUUGAAGGGUUUGAAAACCAAAAACUACUUGAGGGAAUGUUACAAGUCUCCUGUCUUCAGUCUCCAUUCCAUGAACUCUUCGCAUCCACAAGCAGCAUUCUUAAGCCAGGAGAGGUUGAUGGCGAUAAAAAAAGCACUUCUGUGAUGAAAUAUAAUCAAGGUAAUUCACAGGAGCAAUUGCUGCUUAAUUCAAUUUCAUGCUCAGAAAGAAUGAUUUGUUCUUCAACAGUUAAGCCUCAGGAGCCAAAUAUUGAUUCAUUUGGUGGCAAUGCUGUGUGUUCUAAAAUUUCAGGUAUUUCAGGAACUGAUAAUAUAAUAGCUGAGAAAAGCAGCAAUGAUAAUGAAGAAAAAAAUCAGUAUUGUUUACAAAAUAAUAAAUGUGUGCCUGAAAGUUGCCAAUCUCCUUCCAGUAUUCAUGAAUCUGCUCCAGAACAUCGUACUCUUAGAAGUAGAGUGUUGAAUAAAUCUGUUGAUACUAGAGAUACCUUUAAAAAAUCUGUACAAAAGGAAAACUCCAUUGAAGAAUGUACGUAUAGUACUUUAAUUUCAUCAGACACACAGGAGAAAGAAUGUUCGGAAUCUGAAAUUCAGACUGUGCGUUGUCAGAUAUUGGAUAAGAUUGUAGACUGUAAAAUAUUUGAACAGGCUGAUAGUCAAAAAGCAGAAGUUUUAAAAACAAGUAAAAAAUUUUUCAACGGAAAAUUAUCAAGUUCCUGUGAUAAACAUCUGGAAACACUUAAAAAUCUAUCAGCCUCAGAGAAGGAUAGGAAAAAGAAAAGAAAUGCCAAUCGUUUGCGACAAUCCCUGCUUGUAAAAAGACCUGUUUCUUACAGAACAAGACUUCAGAGAAGUAAGGAAAGUGAUAAAAGCACCGAGAUGGUAAAUUCCAUGCUGUUUGUUAAAGCUGAUGAAUCAUCAGGUUCUGCCAGCACUGGAAUUGAUCUUAAUGAAAUUAAGCAUGUGGCAAAGAAGAGAAUAAGAAAGAAUAAAAACCUAUCUGGAGUUAUUGCUGCAAAAACUGUAAAUAAAAGGGAAAAAGAUUUUAAAAGCGAAGCACAUCUGACUGAUGAUAAGAUCAAUUGCAUUGCAGAUGUUGAAAUAAUAAAUUCAUUUGAAGCUAAUGAAAGUUCUGUAGCAUCUGGAAUGGAUCACAAUCAUAUUUUACCAUCAAAGAGGAAAGCAAGAAGGCAUAGGGUUAUGACUGAAGCUUCUACAGAACAAAAUAGAAGCGAAAAGAAAAAAGCUUUAAAAACUGAAAACAUGGUUGACGGUAAUAUUAAAUGUGUUGCAGUCGCUAAAACAGUAAAUUCGCCAAAACCUUAUGAAAGUUCUGUAGCAUCUGGAGUGGAUCACAAUCAUAUUUUACCAUCAAAGAGGAAAGCAAGAAGGCAUAGGGUUAUGACUGAAGCUUCUACAGAACAAAAUAGAAGCGAAAAGAAAAAAGCUUUAAAAACUGAAAACAUGGUUGACAGUAAUAUUAAAUGUGUUGCAGUCGCUAAAACAGUAAAUUCCCCAAAACCUUAUGAAAGUCCUGUAGCAUCUGGAGUGAAUCAGAAUCAUAUUUUACCAUCGCAGAAGAAAACAAGAAGUCGUAGAGUUAAGACUGAAGCUUCUAUAGAACAAAAUAGAAGUGAAAAGAAAGAAGCUUUAAAAGCUAAAAAUGUGGUUGAUGGUAAUAUUAAAAGUGUUGCAGUAAAUUCACCAAAACCUUGUGAAAGUCCUUCAGCACCUGGAGUGGACCCGGAUCAAAUUAUUUUGCCAUCACAGGAAAAAACAAGACGACAUAGAGUUAUAGCUGAAGCUUUUAAAGAACAAAAUAGAAAUGAAAAGGAAAAUGUUUUAAAAAAUGAAGAAAACAUGCUUGAUAGCAGCAUUAAAUGUAUUGAAAACUCUAAAGCAGUGAAUUCACAUAAACUUUAUGGAAGUUCCAAAGUAAGUGAAACAGAUUUGACUCAGAUUGUUUUAUCAUCAAAGAAGAGGAAAAGGAAAGAUGUAGCUGAAACUUCGGAAAGAAAAAUUAAAAGCAUUGUUUUAUCAUCAAAGAAGAGAAAAAGGAAUGAUACAGCUGAAACUUCUGAAAGAAAAACUAAAAGCAGGAAAAAAAUUGUCACAAAAAAGGAAGGAGAUCUCAUAUGUGCUAAUACUGAACAAUCUGGCGUUUUAAAAAAUGUAGAAUUUGAAAAAUAUCCUGAGUCAUCUGAAGCACGUUUCAAACAGACAGCAUUACCAUCAAAGAUGAGGACAAGACAAGUUUCAUCUAAAACUUCUACAGCAAAAACUAAAAGUAAAAUGAAAAAUGCCAUAAAAAUUGAAGGAAAUCUCAAUGAUGUUAAUGUUGUACACUCCAAAUUGACAAAGGAUACAGCAUUUCUUGAAAGUGUUGAAUUAUUUGAAACAAAUGCAAAAGACAUUGCCUUUCCAUCAAAGAAAAGGAAAAGAAAAGAUGCAUCCGAAACUGCUCAAGCAGAAACUAAAAGCAAGAAGAUAAGAAAAGAAAAUCCUAUUUGUGUUAAUGCUGAAGUUACAAAAGAUGUAGAAAUUGAAAGUCAUGAAAAUUUCGAAGCAUCUGAAACAGGUCUCAACCAAAUUACUUUACAGAAGAAGGGGAAAAGAAAAGAAAUUUCUGAAGUUCCCAAAGCAAAAGUCAAAAGUAAAAAGAAAAAUGUCACAAGAAUUCGAAAAAAUCAGAGCAAUGUUUAUAUUAAACAGUCUGAAAUCACAAGGGAUAUUGAAGUUAAUGAAAGUUGUGUUCAGAAUGGAAGAAAUGUGAAAAUAAGUUUUUCCAAGCAAAAAAAUGAGAAAGUAUGUCAUUUCCCAUCAACAUCUGUUACCACUAGAAGCAUGGUUAAGUAGAAGGGACCGUUUUCAAGGUGAGUUUACUACACUGAAGAAAACAGUAUGUGAGAAUUGUUAUUCUGGGCGAUCCCGAGAAGUGUGGUUGAUAUGAAUAGAACAUUUUUUAGAGUGAAAAAGUUUUGAGAUUUGAGUAGAAAAGCAGAGAUUGAAACCUCAUCUAAAUCUUCAUUAUAUCAUUUUAUUUCCUCAUCUAAAUCUUUAUUGCAUGUUUUUUAACUUUACAAUUACAUUUUUAAGUAAAAUGUUUUUAUCCUUAUUUUGGUAAUAUGAAUUUUACUUUAUGUAUAUAUU